AUGGACCCCGUCAAUCACUUCGAGACUAUCUCUGCAGGUCCUGAUGCACUCGCUGCACUCCGAAAGCACAUUUCGGCCGGUCUCCUUGCGAGGCUUCCCGAUCUGAGCGACAUGGAGUUCUCAAGACAUAGCAAGCCAUCGUCUAUCGCGAAUUUGCGCUUGGUAGUUGGUACCUACACAGACAGAUCCAUCAAGAAGUGGGGCAACCCUGUGUAUGCGUACCUCAGUCCGAAUGCGAAUUCCUCAAUCGGUCCCAAGUUCAUUAUGGAGGUCGAUGAAAGACACGGAUAUGGAAGACAUGACGUUGUGGAAGUUACAUGGUAUGAGGCCAUAUUUGAGCAGAGGGUCGCAGCCAAACCUCCCUUCAAACAAGCCGCAACAAAAGACGAACUGUAUGCCGUGGUUAAGUACUACUUCCUGUUGGCGGUGGAGGCGGGAGUGGAGAACUUUCACCAUGACUUCAUCCCAUUGAACAGGUCCUUCGUCCAGCACCUGAGCAGCUUAUGCCUGCAUUACGUACCAGAUCUUCGGACACCGACGCAUUCCACUGAGGGAUAUACAUACGAUGAGGAGCCACCCCCACGAUAUCCCACCAAGUUCGAUCGACGGCGUCCCCCGGGUUAUGAGAAAGAGCUGGGUGUAGCAAAGGUCCAUCAGUUUCCGCAGGUCAGCAUCGACGCAUCCGAAUUUGACCCAGGCAAGAGCGACAAUAGCAAUGCAGACGGCGAGUCUGCCAGUCUGCAACAGUCAAGAUAUGAGAAGCAAGCUUCUCGAAUGCCAGACAUCGCAGCCGAGCCAUCUUCGCGCAUCUCAGCUCGACCACGGCGCAAGCCUAUCACAGCCUUCUUAAGCAACUUUCGAUCAGCCCCACCACGUCCCCUCAAUCGGGGCGAAGAAGCUUUAGUUCGCGGCUCGGCUUCCCCGCGCAACGCCAUCUCUUCGUGGUUAAAAACAAUGGCUGAAGAGCUAAACCUGCAUCCAGAUGCUCUACCUCCCAAGGCGCGAUCAGGAAAAAGGCGGGAGUUGAAGACCAACAAAUCCAUGUCGGAUGAAAUCGACUGGCCGCUGCGAGGAUCGUCGCCGCAAAGCUCGGUGUCCUCUGGUUACAAAGACAUGGACCAUUUCUCGAACCGCGACCGGAGCAGCUUGUGGAGUGGUACAGCCAACUCCAUUUACUCGUUCCCGGAUCAACACGCCUCGAAGCCCGCCGGAGACUGCGCGAGGUUGACGCACAUCGCGAUGACAGAGCCACUCCCUGAUAAACAUCGGCAGGAUGUAGAGUGGAGAGCGUUCCGUACUGCGACUGCUUCUCUUCCGGGAGUCGAUAUAGAUCGUCGUGAGCGCCGCACAUCGAGGAAAGCAGAGCGGUCUCGCAACCCGAUCGCCAACUGCCGUUCUAGCUCGACGUUCGGUCGGGCCGUGUCGCCUUCCCUGCUUCAGCGUCAAAAGAAGGUCAUUGACAGUCGCGUUGAAAAGACACUUCAUGAUAUCGAGGAUCACUACAUUCGACUGAAGAAACUUCGCCAGCUUCAAGUAAGUAUCAAGGCGGAGAUAGUAGAAGCGAAGCGCCGUGAAGAGAAGGAAAACCGGUUUGAAGACGAGGAGAUGAUGCACCAGAAGGAGGGGGAGGAGGGCGCUGACGAUAGCAACAAGGUGAGAUUUGAGAAAUGGUCGAAGAGGCAAGAGUAUCCAUACGGGAAGAGAGGCUACUAG